AAGGAAGAUAACUCUGUUACUCUGUUUUUCUCAACUGCCAAUAUUGGAGAAAGUUGAAAGACACAAAAACACCCUUUGAUGUGCUUUGCUUUUAAGUGCAUGUUAUCAGUGUGUAGAUCUUAGGAUGAAAAACACAGAAUUUAGCUCCAUACUCUGAAUACAAGAGACAAAAUGCAUGUAAAGAUAGGGCGACUGUUAUCCCAACCAUUGUUGAAGCGCCAGCAAGGUUUAACAUGUUCAAGGCUGCAGUACUGGAGGAGGUAUGCUUCAACAGAGGCAGAAAGGAAACCAUCACCACGAGCAGUCAUGGGAUCGUGGCAGAUGCAUGAUUAUGGUGGUCCUAAAUCUUUGACGUUUUCCUCCACUGCACGUGUCCCACGCAUACACAGCCCGAACGAGGUGUUGGUGGAGAUACAUGCAGCCAGUGUUAACCCGAUAGAUGUACUCAUGACAAAGGGUUAUGGAAAGGACAUUUUGAAUGUCAUGAGGGGCAAUACCUCCCCUAUAUCAACAGCUGCAGAGUUUCCUCUGGUCUUUGGCCGUGACUUUUCUGGGGUCAUCGCUCAAAAGGGAAAGGCUGUGCGCAACUAUAAGGUUGGAGAUAAGGUUUGGGGAACUCUUGGUGGUCAGAAACAAGGAUCUCACGCUCAAUUUGCUGUUGCUGAUCUAAACGAGAUUUCUAAGAAGCCUAAGUCUCUCAGCCACACGGAUGCAGCAUCUAUACCCUAUGUAGCGGCCACAACAUGGGCAGCAGUGGUGCAAGUCGGAGAAUUAAACUCUAAAAAUACACAGGGAAAAAGGAUUCUGGUUCAUGGUGCCUCCGGUGGAAUUGGAACUUUUGCAAUACAGUUGUUGAAGGCGUGGGGAGGCCAUGUCACCGCUAUUUGCAGUACAGAUGGGAAAGAUCUUGUGCGGGACUUGAGGGCAGAUGCUGUAAUCGAUUACAAAACUCAAGAUCCAAAAUCUGAACUGCUGCAGAUGGAAAAGUUUGAUUUGAUAUAUGAUCCACUUGGAAAGGAAAAGGCAGGUUAUUCCAUCGAGUUCCUGAAAAACUGGAAAGGUGCCAAGUUUGUUACCAUAGCAUCUCCCCUCCUCCCGGAGACCGACAGUCAUGGCCUCCUGCCCGGGGCUCUCAAGUGGGGAGCUGACCUAGGACUCAACAUUCUCCAGGGUUUCAGAGAAGGAAAAAAUUACAGAGUAGCGUUCUUCAUGCCAAACGGGAAAGCAUUGGCUACUGUUGCCGACAUGGCGGACCAAGACCAGAUAAAACCUGUGGUUGAGAAAGUUUUCCCAUUUGAUGAAGUGCCCGCAGCUUAUGAAAAGGUUGGGCAACUUCACGGGCGUGGUAAAACAGUGAUACGUGUAAAAUCAUGAGAAAAACAGUUAUUUCUAAAAACAAUGUGAUUCAUUGACAUAUUUUGUAACAUUGAAAACUUAAAGAAUUGUAUGGUAAUAAAUAUAUUUGCCUUUCAUACAAGCAUUUAAAAUUUAUUAUCUGACUGAUCUCAUUUUACUUUGUGGUUUUUGUCGCCACUCUUUCUCGAACAAGAAAAAUCACACAGAGUAAUUUCUUACUUGUGAUUUUGUUAUACAAUUUACUCGCGGGAGAUUGGACUUUUUCUAUUUUUACAAAUCAUUUUUAAAAACAGAAAAACACUUGAAAAAUUUCUAAUUAAUUCAAUUUUGAGAGAUUUCUAUUUUCAAGAAUACAUUUAAAUAUUGGAUUCCCAAGAAUCAUGAAUCAUAAUAGGAAAAUAUUUCUUAUAUAAAAGUAAAAUAUAUUUAUAUAUAAAUGAGUAGAUUAACGCAAUAUAACGGUAUUUGAAAUUCAAAUUGACUUAAUUUUAUGUGAAAAUAUGUCUCAAAAUGUAUUCGCAAGUAAUUUGCUUUACUGCAGUAACAGAUGAAGUGUUAUUGUCUUUAGUUUCAUCUUGUUAUCACGGGAAUACCCUGCAUAUAAUGUCAUUUUCUGUUAAUGUACGUUUUGUUGGAUUUAAAAUAAAAUUGAAAACUUAAAGAGAUG